AUGACGAAUGACGAUGGAAACAUCCUGCAGACUCCUCUCAACGUAGAAAGCAACACCAAUCUCAACACUCCAGCGGCGGAUGUUUCCGCGGCCAACACACCAGCCAUCGCCGCAACGCUCGAGGAGUUUAAAAAGAUGAAGGACUCGAGCAAUCCGUCCCUGGGGAACCAAAAAGGUUUGCGGGAAAAGACUCGAUUUCGCAACAGGUCCGGUACUUUGCGAGAAAAACAUUCGGGGCAAGCCCCUAGCAAGACUGCCUCUGUCGAGAACCAGGAUUCUGAAAACCCUCCGUCUCCCGCAAAGGGAGUGGAGGAUGACGAGUUCGAACGCAUCAACUUGGAUCCCAGCGACCAUUUUGAUGAUUCAGAAGAAGACGCUGACGUCCAUCCAAGGAGAACUCGGAGCCAAGCAGCUCGAGAAGACUCUCCGUUUAGCAAACCCAUGACUGAGGAAGAAGAAAACAUCUUCUGGGUUGAACAAGAGAAGCUAGCUGAGGAGCAGGCCGCGAUCACUUGCAGCAAACGCCGACAAGGUCGGAAAACUGCUGAAGAAAGUCCUGACAUCCGCAACCUUCGAGAUUACAUAAAAAAGACUGUCGCGGAGGGAGAAGACGAGCCUCUCCGCGAUUUCAUGAGCAGAUUCAAGCUGGUCAUGUCAAGGGUUAGCGGAAUAAGCGACAAAGUGGCCAUAGACGCUCUCAGAAAAACACUCUGGUACAAGUCGAAAUUCAAAAAGUGGAUAAGCCUCGACAAGCCACAGACGAUCCAAGACGCUCUCCACAUGGCAACGGACUACAUCAUGAUCGAGGAGGAGAUGAAACUUUUGUCACAAAAGCAUAAGCCGACGAAAGGCUCCUCAAAAGACGUAGACCAAAAGCCCAGAAAGAAGAACCCUCGUAACGAAAAGUAUGCCCAUCACGAGGGAGAAGAGCUCCAAGGGGCGCAUAACUAUGCGAUCAACCCCGAGCAGGGCAGAACUUCAGGGAACACGUGGACCCGCAACCCUGCGUAUGACGAGAACACCUUCUGCGAGUUCCACCAGACCCGAGGACACUCAACCACCAACUGCAAAGUCCUGGGAGCGAGACUGGACGCAAAACUGCUUGCCGGAGAACUCUCCGAGGUAACCAGCGUGAAAAACCUUGUCCGUGAUUCUGACCGUCCUCCAAAGAUUGAUAAAAAUCCGCCCGCGGAAAAUUCUCCUCAAAGGAACCAGUCGGGAGAUAAACGCGGAAGGAGACAUGACGAAAAAGGAAACGACAUCAAUCGUUGUAGAAUAAACAUGAUUGUCGGAGGAUCACAAUACUGCAACGAUACGGUUUCGGCCAUUAAAGACUAUCAGUGA